ACCAUGACGACCGAAUCAGGUUCAGACUCGGAGUCCAAGCAGGACCAGGAGGCGGAGCCCCAGGAAGCCGCAGGUCCACAAGGGGGUCCCCAGGGGCGUGCUGGGGCUCAGCCGCCAGGACCUAGCCCCGAACCUGUAGCUGAGCCAGAGAUCUUGGAGCAGUUUGUGGCUGCUGCACAUAGCACUCCUGUGAGAAAGGAGGCCACUGACAAGGAGCGGGAGUUUGCUGCAGCUGCUGCCAAACAGCUUGAAUAUCAGCAGCUUGAAGACGAUAAACUUUCUCAGAAGUCAUCGAGCAGCAAGCUGUCUCGUUCUCCACUAAAGAUUGUGAAAAAGCCUAAAAGCAUGCAGUGCAAGGUGAUACUUCUGGAUGGCUCAGAAUAUACCUGUGAUGUGGAGAAGCGCUCCAGAGGUCAAGUGCUGUUUGAUAAAGUGUGUGAACACCUGAACCUGCUUGAGAAGGACUACUUUGGGCUUACAUAUCGAGACGCUGAAAACCAAAAGAAUUGGCUGGACCCUUCUAAGGAAAUAAAAAAACAAAUUCGAAGUGGUGCUUGGCACUUUUCCUUUAAUGUGAAAUUUUACCCUCCAGACCCAGCCCAACUAUCCGAAGAUAUCACCAGGUACUACCUCUGCCUGCAGUUGCGGGAUGACAUUGUGUCUGGCAGACUUCCCUGCUCAUUUGUGACACUGGCCCUGCUGGGCUCUUACACCGUGCAGUCCGAGCUGGGUGACUAUGAUCCCGACGAAUGUGGGAACGAUUAUGUCAGCGAUUUCCGCUUCGCACCAAACCAUACUAAAGAACUGGAAGAUAAAGUGAUUGAGCUGCACAAGAGCCACAGAGGAAUGACACCAGCAGAAGCAGAGAUGCAUUUCUUGGAAAAUGCCAAAAAACUAUCCAUGUAUGGGGUUGAUUUACAUCAUGCCAAGGAUUCAGAAGGAGUAGAAAUUAUGUUAGGAGUGUGUGCAAGUGGCCUGUUGAUAUAUCGUGACCGACUUCGAAUAAACAGAUUUGCCUGGCCCAAAGUUCUAAAAAUCUCAUACAAACGGAACAACUUUUAUAUUAAGAUCAGACCAGGAGAGUUUGAACAGUUUGAAAGCACAAUUGGGUUUAAACUGCCUAACCAUCGAGCUGCCAAGCGCUUAUGGAAAGUGUGUGUUGAGCAUCAUACCUUUUUCAGAUUACUAUUACCAGAAGCACCUCCAAAGAAAUUCCUUACCUUGGGUUCCAAGUUCCGUUAUAGUGGCAGAACACAAGCGCAGACGAGAAGAGCCAGCGCGUUGAUAGACCGGCCGGCCCCAUAUUUUGAGCGCUCGUCCAGCAAACGCUACACCAUGUCCCGCAGCUUGGAUGGAGAGGUUGGUACCGGCCAGUACGCGGCAACAAAGGGCAUCUCUCAAACCAACCUCAUCACCACUGUGACUCCAGAGAAGAAGGCGCAGGAGGAGCACGAUGAGGAGGAGGACCGGCGGAAAAAGGCCCAGGAGGUCACGCCCGUGUCGGCUGUGCGGCACGAGGGAAAGUCACCCAGGCUCAGCGCUGACUCAUGUCCCCUGUCACCUCCAUCUGCAUGGAGCCCCCCUGCCUCUCCCACAAAGCUCCGCAGGAGAUGCAGGGAAAAGGAGGGCUGCCAGCCCUGUGAGGAGCCCAUGCGGGUGCGCGGUGAGCCCACCCUGAACGUGGACAGCAAAGGGAAGCCUUUUCUAGGAGACCCAGAUGUGGCAUUUAGCUGCAAACAGCCAGCCGGCAAAGGGGCAACCCUCUUUUCCUUCUCGCUGCAUCUCCCUGAGUCAUUUCCUUCUCUUCUAGAUGAUGACGGGUACCUCUCUUUCCCCAACCUCUCUGAAUCCACCCUCCUCCCGCAGCGCUUGCAGCAUUUCCUCCCUAUCCACUCCCCGUCCCUUGUGCCCUGCUUCCUCUUCAUCUUUUUCUUUCUGCUCUCCGCCUCCUUCUCAGUGCCAUAUGCCCUCACUCUCUCCUUCCCUCUGGCUAUGUGCCUCUGCUACCUGGAGCCCAAGGCGGCCUCCUUGAGCGCCUCACUAGACAAUGAGCCGAGUGACAGUUCAGAGGAAGAGACCGACAGUGAGCGGACGGAUACUGCAGCCGAUGGGGAGACAACGGCCACCGAGUCGGACCAGGAGGAAGAUGCAGAGAUCAAAGCACAGGAGCUAGAUAAAACUCAAGAUGACCUGAUGAAGCACCAAACCAACAUUAGUGAGCUGAAAAGGACCUUUUUAGAAACUUCCACAGACACUGCCAUAGCCAAUGAGUGGGAGAAGCGGCUCUCCACCUCCCCAGUGAGACUGGCCGCCAGGCAGGAGGAUGCACCCAUGAUUGAACCACUUGUGCCUGAAGAGACCAAACAGUCCUCGGGGGACAAGCUGAUGGACGGCUCCGAGAUCCUCAGUUUGUUAGAGUCUGCGAGGAAACCCACAGAAUUCAUAGGAGGGGUUGCCACUUCCACUCAAAGCUGGGUUCAGAAAACGGAAACACAGGCUGACUCUGGUGAACAGGAGGCAGAAGCAGCCCAGCAGCCAUCAGCUCUCAGCACUGACAAGGUUGUGCUGCAGCAGACUGUGAUAGUGGAGGAGAGACGGGUGACCAGUGUCCACGCCAGCGGGGACGGCCCUUCUGCAGCCGGAGAUGAUGGGGAUGUGGCAGCACAGGCAGCAGCUGAGGCUUCAAGCCUCAAAGGGAAGGAGGGCACUGUGCCCAGGGCAGGGGCUAAGGAGGAGAAAAUGGAGGUGACCGUCAGAGCUAUCCCUGAACAAAAGGAAGCAGCUAUAGAUUCUCACCAGCAGCAGGAGGAGCAGAGUGCAACCGUCCAAGUUCCUGAAACUCUGGACCAAAAGCCUCAUUUUGAGUCAUCAACUGUGAAGACUGAAACCAUCAGUUUUGGCAGUGCUUCACCAGGAGGUGUAAAGCUAGAAAUUUCUACCAAGGAAGUGCCAGUAGUUCAUACCGAAACAAAGACCAUAACAUAUGAAUCAUCACAGAUGGAUCCUGCUGCUGAUUUGGAGCCAGGUGUGCUGAUGAGUGCACAGACAAUCACCUCAGAAACAACCAGUACCACAACCACCACCCACAUCACCAAAACUGCAAAGGGAGGCAUAUCAGAGACAAGAAUUGAGAAGCGAAUCGUCAUCACAGGAGAUGCAGACAUUGACCAUGACCAGGCGCUGGCUCAGGCAAUUAAAGAGGCCAAAGAGCAGCACCCUGACAUGUCAGUGACCAAAGUAGUGGUCCAUAAAGAGAUCGAGAUCACGCCUGAAGAUGGAGAGGAUUGA